AUGGCGGACGAUAUGUCGAGCCAUUACCAGGUGAUGGAGGAGUUGGGCAGUGGCAGUUUUGGAGUCGUUUACAAGGCCAUUGACAAGACUGACGGCGAGAUCGUCGCCAUCAAACACAUCGAUCUCGAGUCCAGCGAAGACGACAUCCAGGAAAUCCAACAAGAGAUUUCGGUCCUGGCCACCUGCGCUAGCGCCUACGUUACACAAUACAAAGCCAGUUUUCUCAAGGGACAUAAGUUAUGGAUUGUGAUGGAAUACCUCGGGGGUGGCUCAUGUUUGGACUUGUUGAAACCAGGAUGUUUCAACGAGGCCCAUGUGGCCAUUGUCUGCCGAGAGCUGCUGCAGGGGUUGGAUUACCUGCACAAUGAAGGCAAGAUCCAUCGAGAUGUCAAGGCGGCCAAUGUCUUGCUUUCCCAAUCUGGCAAGGUGAAGCUCGCAGACUUUGGUGUCGCGGCGCAGCUCGUCAACAUCAAGUCGCAACGCAAUACAUUCGUCGGAACUCCCUUUUGGAUGGCACCGGAAGUGAUCCAGCAGGCUGGAUAUGACUUCAAGGCUGAUAUCUGGUCACUGGGCAUCACGGCAAUCGAAAUGAUCAACGGCGAGCCCCCUCACGCCAGUACACACCCCAUGAAGGUCCUCUUCCUCAUUCCCAAGAACCCCGCUCCUCGCCUCGAAGGCAACGACUACAGCAACACAUUCAAGGAUUUCAUCGCACAAUGCUUGACCAAAGAUCCGGACAUGCGGCCCAGCGCGAAGGAGCUCUUGAGACACAAGUUCAUCCGAAAUGCAGGCAAAGUGGAGGCCCUGCAGGAGCUUAUCCAUCGCAAGCAGGACUUCGAUGGAAACCGCUCCGAGCCCAAAGACCCCAGAUACUACGCGGAGUCUCUGCAUCCCAUGUCCAGACCCGAUGAGGAGGACGAGGAUGACUGGGUCUUCGAUACCGUCAAGGCCCCUCCCAUGUGGAAGCCCAAGGGAGGCACGGAUUGGAUGACAUUCGACGAAGAAGACGAAAAUCUGCCCGACUCUGCACAAAUGAUGCAGGAUUUGCAUAUCACACAACCACCGCCUCCACCCAAGCACCAGGCCAACUCCACCGUUCGCCGAGCCCCCACCGAUCGAUCGCCAUCCAUUCGACGCGCAAACACCAAGCGACGAUCAAGUGGCGUCAAACAACCCCUUGGUUUGGACCUAAGCUACGGAAACAGCCCGUCGACCGUUCGACAGUUCCGCCGUGUCUCGGACAAGGUGCAGGAGCCGACUCCCAUGAAGCAAGGCUACGACGAAAAUGCCAGCCCCAAAGCCAUGUCGACGGACUCCUCAAGCAAAGAGGCCCAGAUUGGUCGGCGUGCGUACAGCAAAGCCGUGGGGCUCUCCUGCCAAGAGGUUCUAUCAACCACGGGGGAUGGCGACAAACGCGAAGCCAUCUCUCGCCUCGCCGAAGCCUUCAGCGAUCUGGAAAUGGUCGACCCUGAAGGCCUGUAUCACAUCGUCCGAAUCAUGAACGAGAAACUGCAAUCCGAUUCCCGCCUCUCCACUCUCCUCCCCUCCACUCAACCCGACUCCCCAUCUCGUCCUCGGCUCGUACUGGCCCAAAAUAAUCCCCACCUGAAGAGCCACCGCCGUCGACAAUCCUACGUCCCCGAACCCACUCCACAAUCACCCCCAUCGAACAACCCUCCGGCACCGGGAAUGGAGCACACCAAGCAGCUCACUGACGUCCUCUACUCGCGGUGGUCGGAAGGUCUCCGCAAUCGGUGGGGCGGCAUCUAA